CACAACCACCUUAAUUGAUCGUAUGUGAGCAAAGUGGAGCGCAGAAAAUAUCAUAAUUGCUAGAUAAGAAGCCGAUCGAUCUCAAAGUGAAAACAUGGCGAGUGGGCAAUUGAAACGACAAGAAGGUAGCAGUGGAGAGACAAAGCAACGCAGUGCAGAGGUUCAAGCUCGUGUCGAUGUUUAUCUCAUCAAUGGAGAUGGUGAAGAUCAUCCUUUUGUUUAUGGAACCAUAACUACUAGAGUUGAUUCCGGCACCGAGACUACAAUGUACAACAAAUCCAGCAGUCAGGCUGAAAUUGUGGCACCUGGGAUGCCCAUUACCAUGAACAACUUCGUAAAAAUGUCAGGUUGGGCAGAUAAGUUUUAUGUUCAUGCAAAGUUGUAUGACUAUGAUUAUCUUAGCCCCGACGAUGAAAUCGCAAAUGGUACUGCCACAUUUGUGGUCAGAAGUGGUGGAUCAUCUGGUGCGGAAUACAUUACUGGACAAGAUGGCAAAAUACAGGUCCGGGUACAAUGGUAUGAUGUCAACCCUUGAACGGCUAUCGAUUCGACCCAUCCAUCUAAUAUCAUAUUAUAAAAUAGUAUGCUAUGCAUGCAUAUAUACGUACAUCUAUGUACGUAGUACCUACUAUUUGAAUAAAGGCUGCUAAAUUGUGCGUGGGUCUUAAAUCUUAAUACAUAGCAGCUUCGUUUUUAUGUUUUUUUUUUCUUUUUAAAUAUUUGGAGUCAUGUUGUUGAGACUUUAUUUGGUCGUUAUAUUGCUCAAUGUAAUGGGUCUGUUUGCUUGCUUCUCCCCAAGCAUAAAGCAACUAAAGUCUAAUAAUAUAUAUAUGUUAUUUUGUUA